GCUUACAUUCCGUUUUUAGAGGCGCGUCACUCACGAGAAUUCCUUUCACUGUGAGUACUCCCCCCCCCCCUCUUCCCCCGUUUUUUGUUGGCAGCUGAGACGAGUGUGUAGUCAACUAGAAGCUUCCCUUCUCACACAACGAUCAUUGUCGUGAUAACAUCAGCUCGUAGAGCCAUUCACUCCCCUCACCCCCCCCCCCUCUUGUUUUCACGCGUCCUGCGCUGUGCCGAUGGCGUCUCCGCAGUACUCGACGCCGUAUUCCCAGUUGAGCUACCCCUCCUACACGCCCCUCUCCGUCGUGCCGGUGAAGACGGAUGGAUCCUCAACGUGGAGCGGCAACGGCAAUCCACGCAGGACAUCCAACACCAGCGAUGCCGAUCUCCGGCUUCUACGGGCUGCGGUGAUGUACGACGUCGCACGGCAAAAAGGAGCUGCCGCCGCCUCCCCGCCAGCGCUUGCAGGGGGCGUCCACUGCGCAACGGGUGCGAGGUGGCCGACACCCGACACCGCACUCGCGCAGCGCCGCCCAGCCGGUGUCUCCGUCUUCUCUGCGGCGUCCACCCGCACCAACGCCCCGCUGUACGCGCCGCAGCCGUCCCAGCACCAGCACCACCAUCCGCCAACCUCCACCAUUCGAUACAGCGACAUUGAGCGGGUGCGGAGACUGCCCAAUGCCGCUUCCUUACCAGGAGCUACACGAGCCACAACGGCAACUGCAGCGGUGGUGGAUGGCACCGCGGUGGAGGUGCAGUCGGACGUCGUCUGCGCAGCGGAGGCCGCCCCCUACCUCUGUGCAUUCCAAGAGGAGUGCCAGUCCCUCUUGGCGUUAUUGGGCGCGCCGCCGCCGAAGAGACCAGCGCUGCCACCACCACCAGUGCCGGCAACUGCUGCAGCCCCGAUCACAGCCGCGCCUCCCUCACCGCCGUCGACGUGCUCGUCCUCCUCUUCUCUUCCGCCGUCCCUCUCUCCGGUAGCUGCCGCCCCGCUGGAGACGACGAGCACCGCCGCCAGCGCCGUCCCCGCCUCACCGCCCACCCCGACGACGUACGCACAGCUCUUGCGGGAGAUGGACCAACUCGCCUCCCUCCUUCAGCAGGAGGACAACACCAACUCCGAUGCGGCGCCGCUCUCGCAGUCCUCCACGCCGACCACCACCUCACCUGCGAGGCCCGUUGAUGCCGGCAAGGUAACACCCGAAAAGCAGGCCCGUCCUCCUCACCCGUCUUCUGGUCAGGCGGUGCGUCGCCGCGGGCCGCCUUCGGGAGCGGCAUCUCGCCUCGCCCCCAGCGCCGCAGAGCUCGUCGCCCAUCCGCCAAGCCCCUUCUGGGCCGCCCAGCUGCUGAGGUGGGUGACGUUCCUCAUCGAGAAGAAGCAAGGCGUGCUGCGGCUUAUCACCGCAUUUGAGGCCACCCGGACCCCGUCGCGCCGCCACGCCGGGUGUGCUGAAGAAGCGUCGUCCGGCGAGUCCGCCGCCGUGAAGGUAGCUGACGGGCUACUGCGGCUGCUGCGCUCGCUGAACCCCACCACGAGCGACGUGGAGGCGUGGACGUCGGGGCAGCAGCGGCACAUGUGCACGCGCGUUGCCAACUUACUGGCGGAGCUGACGUCAUCCGAGGAAGCCGUCGUGGCCGCUUUGCUAAACGACGCUGCCGCCGGUGCCACCAUGGAGCGUGAGGGCGUCUCGAAGCUCAAUGACGCACACAGUAGGGAGCAGCCCUCGUCUGUUCGGCCCACACCGCCGACCCCUGUCGUGCGUCUUCCACCGGCGUACCGCAAAGACAUGCUGGAGACGCUCGCGCUGCUGGAGAAGCUGUCACAAGAGAACAAGGCGCUGAAGCUGCAGUUGAUGGAUGCACAGGCUGAGCUGACGAAGCUUCGUGUCGAGGCGAGGGGCGAGCGGGAGGCGAAGAAUGAGGUCGCAACGCACUUUGACCGCGUGGCGGCGCAGAACGCCGACCUCAUCUCGCGCCUGCGUGACGCGGAGGCAAAGCUGCAGGAGGCGGCGGCAGAGACGAAGCCCAACCCGCAGGAGGACGCCCUGCGCAGCCAAUUAGAUAGGCAGACAUCCAACCUGCGUGAUGUGCGGCGUGAGUUAGACGACACAAAGGAGGAGAGCGACACGCUUCGCCGCACAGUGCUGCAGCUGCGUGACGCCCUGAUGCGCCAUCGCGCUGUCAUUGACCUGCUGUCUCGGCACCGCCGUGAGCGCCAGCCCGACGGGUCCACUACGGGGCCCUCCAGUGGCGGGAGGGCACGACGGCUGCCGGACAGUCCGCCGAUGCAACUAAUCGAGGACAUCCUCUCUGGUGUCCGCGACGCUCCUUCAUCCACGUUGUCCUCCAUCACAGGCUCUGGAGAGGAGGAGGAGGCGGAGGAAGAGGCGACAUACGACGUGAGCAACGAGGCUUCCAAGGAGGCCUACCGUGCGUAA